GGUAAUUUCGCCUAGCAGACAUCAACAAUUAUGGCCGAAGCCGGUGAUGUUGAUGAUGGCUAUGACCACGAAAGUGAUCCUCCUAACCAGGAAUUCAGUGAAGAAGAUUUGAGAAUUCCUCCUAUAAAGUAUGAAUACUUGGAUCACCCUGCCGAUAUUCAGCUGCAUUCCUGGGGUGACACAUUGACCGAAGCAUUUGAACAGGCUGCUGUUGCUAUGUUUGGUUACAUGACAGAAAUAGAUAAAGUCGAUGUCCUGAUGACACAAGACAUUGAAGCAGAAGGUCAUGAUAUGCUCUCACUUUUAUUUCAUUACCUUGAUGAAUUUCUGUAUAUAUUUAGUGCUGAGCCGUACUUCAUUGCAAGGAAAGUGAAAAUAUUGAAUUUUGACAAACAGAAUUUCAAAAUAAAAGCCCGUGGGUAUGGGGAAAUAUUUGAUCUUGAUAAACAUCCACAGGGAAGUGAAGUGAAAGCUAUUACAUAUUCUAACAUGCAAGUUCAUGAAAAUGAAGAUAAAAGUGAACUCUUUGUGAUUGUUGAUAUUUAAAAGGCAAUGUAAAGCUGUGAAAUAUUUUAUUUAUAAAUAUGUAUCUAAUUUUUCAUACUUUUAUAAAUGAAAAUUUUACAUUAUUAAGUGUUUCAUAAAUCAAAUUUAUAUUCAUGCUUUUUGCAAUUAAAUAUCAUUUGCAUAGUUAUUAAUUAAAAGUUUUUCUGUAUUUUGCUUUUUCAAACAAUUUGCAUGACUUAUUUGUUGAAUAAAGAGCUUGUAUGUUGAUCUCAUCUUGAAAUUUUUAAAACUUAUUUUCAAAAUGUAUUCUGAUGUUAAGUAAUAACAGUAAACAUGAGUAUAUAUUUGAUGCUUUAUCAAAUUUUAAGGACCAAAAAAGAAAAAAAGAAAGAAAA